AUGCCUAGUCAGGAGCUCACUAUAGCCUUGGCUGUGCUCUCCCUGCUUCUGGUCCUAGUCCAAAAAGCAAUCACAAGACGCCAGGAAAGCAAGGCACUUCUUCCUCUGCCCCCUUCACCUCCUAGUACAAACAUUAUCGCCGGCCAUCUUCCAACCGUCCUGAAAGCAGCCAAGGAACAUCGCCAGCACCUUCUUUUCCAGAAGUGGGCCGAGGAAUAUGGCGAGGUCUUUUUCGUCCAGCUCGGUACUAUCCAAGAGUACUUCAUUAACAGCGACCAAGCCGUCAGGGCAAUCUUCGACAAGGCUGCGGCACAAACAUCUGAACGACCGCGCUGGAUUGUCAGUAAUGAGCAGAUGUGCAACCGACUCAACCUUCUCCUUCUUAGCUCAAGUGAAAAGGCAUGGAAAAGUCAGCGGAAGGCCACAACCUUCGGGCUGACUAACUUGAAUCUCGCUGAUGCUGGUCUUCCAUUUCUCCAUUUCGAAACGUUGAAGUUCCUGGAUGACAUUGCUCAAAAUCCCAACAAAGGUGCCAACCCGCAAUCUUUAUGGUCGAGCAUUGGUCGCUACACAUAUAGCACAUUCUCAUCCCAGAUCUUUGGCCUCGAUGUCCCUGAUGACAACAGUCCAGUUAUUGACUACAUAUUCGAAACAGGCCUAGCCCAGAUUCUUGGUAUGCUCCCUGGCUACUAUCUAGUUGACACUUUCAACAUUCUUGAUAAGCUGCCCCUAUUCCUUAAACCUUGGGAAAGAGACGCAAAGUCCAGGCACAAGCGCGACUAUGAAUGGUGUUGCGAUAAGCUUGAGAGAGUAAAGUCACUGAUUGAUGCCGGAGAGGCUCCGCCUCAUAUGACUUUCAUCCGAAGGGUUAUUCAAGAUCCAAAUCAUCUGGGACUUGACAGCCUCGAGGAUGCCGCAUACCUGGGCAUGAUGUUAAUCAUCGGGGCUUCAGAUACAAGCCGGAUAUCAACUUGGUCAUUUCUUGAGGCCAUGUUGACAUUUCCAGAUGUUUGCAACAAAGCGAGAAGGGUAAUUGAUGAGGCUGUUGGAGAUAGGGUUCCUGUUUAUGAGGAUUUGGAGCGUGUGCCAUAUAUUCGCCAGGUGAUGAAGGAAUCCUGGAGAUGGCGCCCACCUGUUGCUCUAGGUCAUCCCCAUACCACCACUCGAGACAUAGUUUACAAGGAUUACCGCAUACCAAAGGGAGCGAGAAUACAUCUGAACGCAUGGGCAAUCCACCGAGACCCUAAACGCUACCCAGAUCCCGAUAAGUUUAUUCCUGAGCGCUUCGAGGGUGAUACAAGAUCAAGCCAGGAAAGCGCUGCAUCCCCUGACGUUUCCAAAAGAGACCACUUUGUCUUCGGAGCUGGACGUCGUAUCUGCCCCGGUUACCAUGUCGCGGAUAGAAGCUUUGCUGUCAGUGUUAUGCGUAUUCUUUGGGCUUUCGACAUAAGUCUAAAGCCAGGAACAAAGCUUCCUCUUGACCCCCAAAGCUUCCCAGGCGAUAUGCCCGGUAAUCCUGGACUGGAUCUGCCUGUUGUACUGACUGUGAGAAGCCCGGAAAGACUGGCAACGAUACAGAAGGAGUUUGAGGGAGCUGUACAGGGCCGAGCAAAGAUGGAACCCUUAGCUGGUUAA